GAUGAGGGAAAAGGGAACGUGGCGUUAAGGUGAAUUCAAGUAGAAGCCUGGAGAAGAAUUAAAAUAGAAUUUUAAAAUUGAAUGAGGAAGAGAAAGAGAGAAAAGAAAGAAGAAGAGAAGAGAACAGGUAAUUUAGAGAGAGAGAGAGAGAGAGAGAGAGAGAGAGAGAGAGAAACAAGGACAGAACUGAGAGUUGUAUUGGAGAAAAAUUUGAUUCUUAAAGUUCUUGUUAAUUUUCAUUCUUUUGCUUGACAAUAGUAAAGUUUUCAUCUCAUUUCAUCAUCUAUUUAGUUCUAAUCAACUAAUUUGUUAAAUCUACUUGCUUGGACUUACCUGAUAUUUAAAUUGUGCUGUUUCCAGAAGUAAAGUUCAUUUAAAUUGUUAUCAAGAGUCAAAUUGGUGUCAACAGUUAUUUGUUAUUUUCCAUCAUCAUGUUAUCACCAACUGAUUUAGAGGUUGAUGAGCAUUUGGAUUGUAUUCCCGAUUGGCCAUCAGGUCCACUUGAUUCUGCUCGAGCCAAGGGAACAUUCAAUUGGAAAUUGAUGAAAUUAGUUCUUGAUGGUGAUUCUGUUGUUCGUUUUAAACAUAAGGUUUGGUCCGUUUUGGCCUCUGAUCCGAUCUUUAAACGUACACCUUGGGAAGAAUAUAGUAGAGAUGAGGAAAGACGAUUGACUUUUGCUCGUUUAAAGAAACUGGUCGAUUAUAAAUUGGCCUCAGAGGAAGAGUAUCUUAAUCAACCUCAUAAAAUUCCAGCCUUUGUACAGGCGAUUGGUCAGUUUUCUUGGUCACUUAUCGUUAAACGAGUUUUGUCUUAUGAGUAUUUUAUUGUCUCUUGUAAAAUGGAUAACGGUGAUCGUGACUCCAGCCUAGUCGAUGAUAUAAUGAACUUUAAUGCCUUGGGGGCAAUAAGUAUAACCGAAUUGGCUCACGGAAGUAACACUAAAGAAUUACAAACAACAGCGACCUAUGACCCGAUUAAACAAUCGUUCAUAUUGAAUACUCCGACUCUCGAAGCAACCAAAGUUUGGUCUGGUGUCUUGGGACAAUCAGCUACUCAUGUUGUCGUUUUUGCUCAACUGUACACACCCGAUGGUUCAUGUCACGGUCUUCAUUCAUUCAUGGUACCAAUUCGUGAUCCGAAAACAUUUCAACCUUAUCCUGGCUUGAGAAUUGGUGAUAUGGGCGGAAAAGUGGGAUUAAAUGGGCUAGAUAAUGGAUUCAUGACUUUCCAAAAUUAUCCCAUUCCCAAGGUCGCUCUUAUGAAUCGUAACUCUGAUGUGACCGAAGACGGAAAAUUUGCUUCCAAAGUAAAAGAUGAGUCCAAACGCUUCGGUAUAACUCUCGGUGUCCUUUCUUCCGGUCGUAUCUUCAUCAUCUUAUUCAGUAUCAGUAAUAUUCAAUCAGCACUGACCAUUGCUGUUCGUUAUUCAGCCGUUCGAAGGCAAUUUGGUCCAACUAAUGGAGAAGAAAUUCCCGUUCUCGAAUAUCAAAGUCAACAAUGGCGUCUUAUCCCUUACAUCGCGGCUUCGUAUGUGUUGCAUAACUUUUUCGGCUCUUUAUUCUUAGAUUAUGUUGACUUUUUCGUGACCGCUUUUAAUGCCACUUCGGACGCUCAAAUGGACAUGGGAGCCGAAAUUCAUUCACUCUCCUCUUGUGGUAAAGCAGUGGCCACUUGGAUGGCUCGUGACGCUAUUCAAGAGUGUCGUGAGUGUUGUGGAGGUCAUGGUUAUCUAAAAGCAGCGGGUUUCGGUGAACUUCGUAAUGACCAUGAUGCCAAUACGACCUACGAAGGAGACAAUAAUGUCCUCCUUCAACAAACGAGCAAUUAUUUGAUCAAGUUUUAUAAAGAAAAGGUUGAAGAGGGUCGACCCAUCUCAUCGUACUUUGGAUCAGUUAAUUAUUUGGAUGAUAUUGAAACUAUUCUUGCCACUCGAUGUUCAGGCCAUUUAGAUUCAAUUCCAUCCGUUUUAUCAGCUUAUCGAUUCCUCGUUUGUUAUCUCUUGAAAUCAUCUUACCUUAAAUUAGCCGAUCAAACAAACAAAUUGGGUGAUCCAUUUGUCGCUAAAAACGCAACCCAAGUUUACUAUCUACGGAGUCUGGCGAUUAUAUUUUUCGAGGCCGAAGCACUUGAUCGAUUUCAACGUUUUCUAGACGAGUUUUCAGUUCCCGAUGAAAUUUCAAAAGUUCUACAACAAUUAGGUUUACUUUAUGGCCUUUGGUCCAUUGAAAAACACAUGACGAUCCUUUAUGAGUCCGGUUACUUUUCAUCAAUCCAACUAACACCAUCUUCUUGGAUAUCAUCACCUUCAUCCUCCCAAUCAUCAUCUUCAUCAUCUUCAUCAUCACAACUAUUAACAGGACCAUCGACUCAUGUAAAAGAGACAAUAAUUAACCUGUGCAAUCAAUUGAAAGACAACGCGGUAACUUUGGUCGAUUCUUAUGCUCCACCCGAUCAUAUACUCAAUUCGUCCCUUGGAACUUCAGAUGGCAAAAUUUACGAAAAUAUAUUUUCCGCUCUUCAAAACAACGCCGGUGCUUUUGUGAAGCCCGAAUGGUUGGAAGAAUUAGCUAAUUCUCCAGCAAUCAAAUCUAAAUUGUAGAAAAUUUUACCCAACAUUCAAUUUUCUUCCUCCAUCAUCAUCAUCAUCAUUGUCUUUUCAUUCACUUAAUUGAUGUAAACUAAACUGUCACUUCUUUAAUUUUCACUUUCAUAAUUAACUUUCAAUUAAUUGUUCAGAUGUCCAAAUUUCCAUCGUCACCUUAAUUCAAUUUGAAGAAAAAAUUUCCUUUGUAUUUUUUUCCAACAAACUAAUUGUAAUUUCUUUAAUUGUAAAUGCCAGAGGCUAUCAAAUUAAUCGCUUAAAUUUUAAUUGUCAUUUUUUCCCCAUUUUCUGUCAUUACUAUUUCCUAAUUUGCUCUCAUGUAUUGUGAAAAAAAUAGAUAAAUUAUUAAUUGUCUACGUUGAAUUUUAACUAACAAAACUGUUAAUUGUUUGAAAUU